AUUAAGGUUUAAUCAUUAAGGGCAGAUUAGUAUUUUUCAUUCUUGUCACAGGGGUAAUUCAGACAUUUACUAAAAACAAGGAAAUUACGCGAGUUCGUUAUCUCCAGCAUCCCGAGUAGUAAUGCUCGAAACAUAGAUGAUGUCGAAUUUGAAGAUGCUGAGGUCGAUACCGGACAUGAUGAUGCAGAGCAAUAUCGGAAUCCGACAUCAGACAACAACGUUACCUUAGACGAUCAGACUAAUGAAAGAUUGUAUAUCCCAGAGGUAGCUUCAUCAUGUGUUCCUGUUAUUGGAAUGGAGUUCUCUUCCAUAGAACAAGCAUAUGUUUUUUAUCAGACAUAUGCCAAGAAGGCAGGGUUCUCCGCUCGAAAAGGAGGUGAACAUCAUGUUGGUGGUAUUAUCAAGUCUAAAUAUUUUGUGUGUUCAAAAGAGGGGCAUAAACCACAGGUAUUUGAUGAGAAUUAUUCGAAGUUGUCUAAGCCAUAUAAACGUAGGAACAGACCGACUAUUCGAACCGGCUGUAAAGCACAAAUUAAGCUUUGUUCGACGGAUGGGGUGUUGUUUAAGGUUGAUAAGUUUGUUCAAUCUCAUAAUCAUUCAUUCGUGUGCCCCAAAGAUAUGCACUUAUUACCAGCUUAUAGACAUCUGUCUGAGACACAAGAAGAGAUGAUAUGGGAGCUUGGUACAUUGAAUCUUGGGCCAGUGAAAGCCUUUAAUAUAAUGAGAAAAAGAUACGGAGGGUUUGAAAAUGUAGGCGCAACUAAAGACGAUUGCAAGAAUUUUAGAGCUAGGAUACAUAGCUACAUCGGACAGUAUGAUGCAGAUAUGGUUAUCAAUAGGUUGACCGAUAAAAAGCAGUUUAUGGUUGAUUAUUCAUUCUUUCAUUCGGUCGAUGAAAACAAACGAUUAACCGGCCUGUUUUGGGCCGAUGGCUUGUGCAAACGUAAUUAUGCUGAGUUUGGAGAUGUCAUAUCGUUUGAUGCUACAUUUAAAACCAACAAGUUAGUCAUCACUUCAAGCUGUUAUUUUUUUUAUAAUCAUCUUGUUUUUUUAUUCAUUUUUUGA